AUGGCACGAGUAAGAGACUGUCCACUUGCUGCCAGCUUGAGGUUCUUUUCCUUGUGGUGUAUUCCCCUUCUCUUUCUAUUCUUAUGCCAACCAUUAACGGCUUCAACAUUGCCAUCCAAACGACAUCGAUCCUUACCCGAAGAUGAGAUCUACAACAACGAGUUUCCAGGAACAGAACGAAGCAAGAGAAUCAAGAAGCAGCAAUUAGCCAAUUUGUUGCCAUCCAAUGUGGAACCAACUCUCUUGGAACGUCGGCUUGAUAAUAAGGCAAACCGAAAGGGCUACAGCGACGUGACUGGGCGGCGAAUGCAGAGGUCAAAGCCUACUACCAUCGAUGAUCGAAUAUUAUCUUCCAAGAAAAGUUCCAAGCGGUCCUCUUCAUCAUCGGAAUAUUAUACCUACUAUUCCACAGACUACUACAGCAGCAAAGGAAAAGGUGGAAACGGAAAAGCUUCCUCUGUCUACUCCAGCGGCAAAGGGGGCAUGUUUCCGCCCGUCUUGUAUGUUCCGAUACCGGUGCCUACCACAUCAUCCUCCACUAGUACUAGUAGUGCCGAGGAGGAGGACGACAAUAUAGAAAGUUCCACUGACGAAAACAGCGAUGAUGAAGAUAAUGAUGAAGAGGACGAGGACGAAGGCGAUGAUGGUCACGACGAUGAAACAUUGAAUCUUUUUGACUUUUUGGAAUACCAGGAAUUUAAGCCUGCGGCACCACCAACGUUGAGUCCAACAGCGUCACCCCCAACUUCCAAUGCACCAUCCUUUAACCCUUCGCAAUUUCCAUCCACCGCACCCACAAACUCAAUCACGCCGUCCAAAUCGAUAGCACCGUCCGAAAGGCCGUCACAAGAUCCAUCCGUUUCAUUUCAACCAUCGCAAUCACAGAACCCGAGCAGAUUACCAUCUGGAUCCUUCCAGCCAUCAGAAUCCGCUUUUCCUAGUAGUGGCCCGUCUGCAUCUCAAAGUCCGAGUGAAUCAUCUGCCCCACCAUCCGAGAGCAUUCAGCCUUCCACUGUUCCAUCUAGCGCGCCCACCAUCGAACCGAUCGUAUUCGGAACGGCUACUAUCAAAAUUAAGAGUCAACUGUUUGACACUGACAGCGGCAAUGCGGGGGACAAAAUGGGCGAUGAUAUGCAAAAUCCGCAAGAAAUUUUCUUUAUUGGUGAUCAAGGGUGA